UUUAUGGAAUCGCGUGGCUGGACACAUAGCAGGGAAGGAAGAGAGGCGACAGCAGAGAAAGCGACGUCCAUUCUUCCAAACGAUCUGCCGAUCUCUUUAUAAUCGGAGUCGAAGUCGGCUAGUUUGAGAUCGCGAUCGGCGCAUCCUUGAUCUCUACUUCCAUCUUCUUGCGCUUGAAGAAGUGUCCUGCUGACAACUGGAAGACAAAUUUCAGGGAAUGCUGAAAGAUGUGCUUAAACGCUAGCGAUUCUUUGUUUAACAUCGACACCGCCGGAGUUGCUUCAGCUAAGCUUCCCUUGUUCACCUGGGAUGGGAUCGACGAUAGCGCGAUCCAGUCUGUGCUCUAUGCACAAUGGCAGGACAGAGCUAGUGAGACUCUUGUGUUAGUUAACGACCUUGGGGACGAUGGUUGAGCUAUUCUUCUCGUGGUAGGCGUCUAGAUCGAUCAAGCAAUCGGACAUAGAUUUGUAGGCACUUGAUAGAAUGACAGUAGUAGAAAACAAGGGGAGUGUGUUGAUGAAGAAGUAUGAAAUUGGGAGAUUCCUAGGCAAGGGAACUUUUGCCAAGGUUUACUAUGCUAGGGAUGUUAAAACUUCUCAAAGUGUUGCUAUUAAGGUAAUUGACAAAGAGAAGGUAUUUAAGGUUGGCCUUAAUGAUCAGAUUGUGCGAGAGAUAUCGGUGAUGAGAAUGGUGAAGCAUCCAAAUGUCCUGGAGCUUUAUGAAGUCAUGGCUACCAGAUCUAAGAUAUACUUUGUCCUGGAAUAUGCCAAAGGUGGUGAGCUGUUUAACAAAGUUGUUAAAGGCAAACUCAGAGAAGAUGUUGCCCGGAAAUAUUUUCAGCAGCUGAUUAGUGCGAUAGACUUUUCUCAUAGCCGAGGCGUCUAUCACCGGGAUCUAAAACCGGAAAACCUUCUGCUUGAUGAGAACGGGAAUUUGAAGAUUUCAGAUUUCGGGUUGAGUGCACUUGCUGAGUCUAAGAGACAAGAUGGCUUACUCCACACCACGUGUGGUACUCCGGCAUAUGUUGCUCCUGAGGUGAUAAGCAGAAAAGGAUACGAUGGAGCCAAGGCAGAUGUAUGGUCUUGCGGGGUGAUUUUGUUUGUUCUUAUGGCCGGUUACCUUCCGUUUCAUGAUUCAAAUCUAAUAGAGAUGUACAGAAAAAUUGGAAAAUCAGAAUAUCGAUGUCCGAAUUGGUUCCCUUUAGAGGUCAGGAGGUUGCUAACGCGCAUUCUUGACCCAAAUCCUGCUACAAGGAUCUCAACCGGAAAGAUUAUGGAGAAUCCUUGGUUCAGGAAGGCCCUUGAUGGAGGAGUAACUAGAAAGGGAAAAGGAACGCCAGAAGUAGAUCAAGCUAACACUGAUGAAGUUUUGAAUUCCCUUGGUACCAACAUGGCUGCCAAGGUACAGGAGAUGGGGAAGCUCAGCAACUUAAAUGCGUUCGACAUCAUAUCUCUUUCUGAUGGAUUCGACCUUUCGGGUCUGUUUGAAAAGCCCGACCACAAGAGUGAAGCAAGAUUCAUAUCAGCACAGCCGGCUUCUAGCAUCAUCUCGAAAUUGGAGGAUGUGGCGAAGUACAUGAAGUUUAAAAUAAAGAAGAAGGAUCAUGGGGUGUUGAAAAUGGAAGGAACCAAGUCAGGUAAGAAAGGAGUUUUGGUCAUUGAUGCAGAGAUAUUUGAGGUCACUCCAUCACUCCAUCUGGUUGAGAUGAAGAAGACAAAUGGUGAUACCUUGGAAUACUGGAAAAUGUGUAAAGAAGAAAUCAGGCCAGCCCUGAAGGACAUUGUGUGGGCAUGGCAAGGAGAGGAGCAGCAAUUCUAACCUGCUUGAUCAAGUUGCAACAUUCAAAACUAGCAAGUAAACUUCCGUUUCGUGCUUAGGAAAUCUCCUAAUAUUUGCUUUUAUUUUUGUUACUUCUGUCUGUGCUACUUGUUCUAUUGAAAAUGAAUUCAUUAAUGCUCACCAUGGAAUGGUUUCUCCUC